UGGUCAAUUUUUGUUGCGUCCUGUGUAGACGGGCCGUUAUAGGGGGUAAAGAAAACCUAUCUUCAAAUAGUAUAACUCCAUUGAUAAUAAGUAUCAUUGAGAUGUAUCGCACAAAUCAAAAUAGCCAAUCCCAAAGAGGAAAUACCGAUAGAUUCAGUCAGAACCGUCCCCCUGGCAGACAAACUACCUCUAUGAAUGUGCCAACAACAAUUUCUGAGCAAUUUAAAGAAUCAUGGCUCACAGUUAUAAUUGGAUCUAUAAUGUUUGCUAUUGGAAUGUGUCUUUUAUUUUGGAACGAGGGGAGAGCUGUGAGAGUUGCAUAUUCUUUGGAUGAGGCUUUGCAGAAUAUAGUUGUAAUUUCUAAUCCAACGGUAUUAUUGCCUGAGUAUCAAGGCUGUUUGAUAUACUUGUCGGGACACUUGGUAAUCUCAGAGCCACUAACGGAGCCAGAUUAUGGAAUUGUUAUGUCUAGUGUGAAAUUGAAAAGGAGAGUUCAGAUGUAUCAGUGGGUUGAAAUUGAAGAAGAAAGAAGUUACGGUGGUAUGACAGAAGAUGAAAAACACUAUUAUUAUACAACAGAGUGGAAGGAUAAACUUGUAGAUUCAGACCACUUCUACAUUCGCACAGGUCAUCAUAAUCCAAAGGAAAUGCCAAUCAAGAGCCAGUUGCAGAUUGCAGAUGAGGUAAAGAUUGGUGCAUAUACAUUUGGAGCAGAACUAAAAAAGAAGUUUAAUGACUUUAUGGAAGUUACCAGUGAUGAAAGACCAGAACGAAAGGACAUCAAAAUGCAUUCAGGAUUGUAUUACCAUAGUGUAGAUUUGUGGAAUCCACAAGUAGGAGACAUUAGAAUACAAUUCUCUUACGCAGGAAAAAGCGGAGAAGUUUGUUCAGUGGUGGGUUUACUAGAGAAAGAUGUAAUCAAACCAUAUUACACGCACCAUGGUGAAGAAAUUUUGUUACAGCGAAAACACAAGAUUUCGGUCGAUCAAAUGUUCCACUUGGAGCAUGUCCACAAUUAUUGGCGAACUUGGACCAUCAGAGGAUUAGGGUGGCUAGUGCUCUUUGUGGCAGCGACGUGUUUGGCAAAUAUACUAAAAACCAUUAUACUAAACUCGACAUUCCUUUGUGGUAUAAUAGCGGUUGAAUCUCUGACUAUAUCAGUGUCCAUGUCCAUCAGUUUGCUAGUGAUCGGUUUUGCUUGGGUAUGGUAUCGACCAGUGAUUGGUCUCUGUUUGGCACUCGCAUCUAUUCUACCUUUUAUCUACUCAACUCUAACAACCAGAUCUACAUCCCAACAGCGUGAAAAUUAUAGAAGAUUAUAGAUUAGAUAUAUACGA